GUAUGACAGCCGGAGUUCUAGGAAAUGUGUUUUUAACAGAAUUGUGUAGUACAUUUUAAGAGGCACUUUGUAAAGAAGAAUCAUGAAGUUGGAGAUACCAGCAGCCUUUGAAGAUGUAGCCAUCACAUUUACUGAUGAAGAGUGGAAGAUGCUAACAGAGGAGGAGAAGGAACUACACCGGCUUGUGAUGGUGCAGAAUUUUGAAACCAUGAUUUCAGUAGGAUACAGCAUCCCUCCGGAGCACUUAUUAUCGCUGAUAGAAAAGGGUGAUGGAGCUACCAGUUACAGUCUACUUGGAGACAAGCUUAUACUGGCAAAAAAUCAUUUUGAAGUCCUCCAGUCUGCAAGUCGUGAUGAAACCCAGUGGCUUCUGCUUCCUAAAUGUCAAAAAAAAUUGAAAGGUGAAACAAGCACUCAGCAAGCUGCACGUAAGAAUUUUCCAGAUCAGCUGACACUUUGUGAAAACAAGGACACAGAUUACCAUAGAGAUAUUUCAACUUGCAAAGAAUGUGGACAGUGUUUUGGACAAAAGCGUGAACUGUUAUCACAUGUGUGGGCCGACAGAAUAGAGAAACAGUUUGACUGUGUUACAUGUGGGAUAAGUUUCAAACACAAGCUGGUGCAGACAUUACACCAACAAACUCACUUAGAAAAACAAUGUAAUAAUGCUGAGUGUAAUGUCAACAUUGCAGAUAAAUCAGAUUUUACUCGGCCUCAGUCAGUACAGCUUGAAGCUGGUCCCUUUAGAUGUUAUGACUGUGGUAUAAUUUUUAGAGACAAAGGUGAACUUUCAGCUCAUAAGUGUGAACAUCAGCAAGUGAAACUUUCUUGUACUGAAUGCGGUAAGAGUUUUAAAUGGCAGAGAAAACUAGAACUCCAUCAAAGAGUGCAUACUGUACCGAAGCUUUUUACAUGUUCAGAUUGCGGAAUGUCUUUCAUAGAGAAAGAUAAAUUACAUGAGCAUCAGAAAAGUCACCCAAAGAAGCCGCCGCCAUUCAAAUGUACAGAUUGUGGGAAGGGUUUUAGAUGGAACCGUGCACUCUUACUGCAUCAGAAAGUACAUGUAAAAGAAAAGGAAAUUCAGCAGCUUCUUUCUGGAAAAGUUAUAGAUCUAAAUAUGUCUGAUUUUGAACAUCAGCAAGAAAAACUUUCUUGCUCUGAAUGUGGUAAACGUUUCAAGUGGCAAAGAGAAUUAGAACUACAUCAAAGAAUGCACAUAGUGGGUAAUUUUUUUAAAUGUUUAGAUUGUGGAAUGUCUUUCACAGAGAAAAGUAAACUAUAUGAGCAUCAGGAAGUUCACCCAGAGAAGCUGCCAUUCCAAUGUACAGAUUGUGGGAGGGUCUUUAGAUUGAAUCGAGCACUGUUACUCCAUCAGAAAGUACAUAUAAAAGAAAAGAAAAUUCAACAGUGUCUUUCAGGAAAUGUUAUAGUCCAAAACAUGUCUGAUUUUGAACAUCAGCAAGUAAAACUUUCUUGCACUGAAUGUGGUAAGAGUUUUAAGUGGCGGAGAAAACUAGAACUCCAUCAAAGAGUGCAUGCAUUCCAUCAAAGAGCACAUACAGCAGAAACACCCUUUAUGUGUUCAGAUUGUGGGAUAUCCUUCACAGAAAAGGAUAAACUGUUUGAGCAUCAUAAAGUUCACCCAAAGAAGCUGCCAUUCCAAUGUACAGAUUGUGGGAAAGUCUUUAAAUGGAAUCGUGCACUCUUAGUCCAUCAGAAAGUACACAUAAAAGAAAAGGAAAUUCGGCAGCUUCUUUCUGGAAACGUUAUAGACCUAAACAUGUCUGAUUUUGAACAUGCCUAGUGCAAGAAUGCAGAAUAAUUUUAGGGACAUUGGAACAAUACUUGGCAAGUGAUCAUGGGACCAUAUGAUACGUUUCCAUAUCCAUACCUUUUGUUGUACACUCACAUCUAUAGCAGUAAUGUGAUCUGCUUAUGGACAGCCCUCUGUAAAAUAACUGAGCAGUUUGUUUCAUUUUAUUAUUUUUUACAGCUCUUAGGAAUGAGAAAAUUACUUCAGCACUGUGAUGUUCACACUGGGUCUGUCACCAUAGGGAACUGUUGGUAUAUCACUAAUCAGUAAACAUCUUAAUGAAGAACCUUA